ACCUUCUUCCUCCCCCCUAAAGGCGGGUUUGGUCUGUACGGAGCCUGCUAGCUAGACCACAUUCGUAGUCAUCCCCUACCUGCUACCUGGGUGCAGUGGCCUGCUUGAGGAACAAGCUCCGUCUUCAAAGGGUUAAGUAUAUAAAUCAACUUUAAUUUCCGCUGGAGCCCGUUCCUCCCCCCCAUCUGCCUCCUACCUAUGGCACGAGACAUGCCACGCUCUGGCUUGCACCAGAGCUCCUCUCAACAACUAUUACUGCGACGGCUCCAGCAACUUCUGCCCAUACGGGCUCUUCCACCUCUUGACUUCUUUCUCCUUCCACGCUGAACCUUUAUUGCCCCGUGCCCAUUGCGGCCAGGUCGUAAGCCAAGCAACCGUUUUUUAUCCUCUCACUACCUACCUACCUAACUACCUAAGUACCUUUGGGUAUUUCGUCACGAGCUAGUGCCUCAGUCAUAUCUACCGCUGUCUUGCUGCUGUCUCGUCCUCAUCGUCCUCGCGCAACCACCCUCCGCCAACCAUUGCCUCGAAACCCCCAAGGAAGACGGACGACGAGCCUCUCUACUGCCUGGUCUCUUCUCCGUCAUUCGACUCCCGCCCGCUUUCCCUUCGCUCGUUGCAGUCAUUGAGCAGUUCGGUUGUCAAGGUUAACCCUCUGGCCGGAAACGUGUGACUUCCAGCCCGCCCAGCACUGACUGGUCCCACUCGUUUCUCCAGCGCCGUGGUGAAUUCAUCCGAGCGGUCCCCCAGUCUCUCUCUUUUUCUCUCUCUUCUUUGCCGCUGCCGCUAUCGCUGCCGCACCUACGCUCACACCUUGUGAGGUGUACCCUGGCCAGACCUUAAGAGGAAUCUGGAAGCUCCAGCUCUCCCAACCGGUCGCAUCCGAAGCUUCAACGCGCCCCAACAACCCAAGAUUCACUUCUUGAGGCCGUGGGUUAGAGAAGAAAGAGACCUUCCACCACCAACCGCUUCAUUAUACAAACGCGACCAUGUCGUCGAAAAAUAUUUGAGCCCGUAUCAAACCCCGACGCACACCUCUCCGACUUGACAGCUUUCGACUUGUGAAUCAACUGCGAGAGGGGGAAAAAAAAGUUGCCGGACCUACCGCCCACCGCAGCAUCUGAGAGCAGCCCACACCACCAUCUACCCUCCAACCCCAUCCUACAACGAACCCUGCGACAGCCAGGCUGCCAGACAUGGCCUCCUCUCACAAGGAGCGGACAAUGGAAUCGCGCACGGGAAGAAGCAAGCAGCGUUACAACUCCAAAGGCGAGCGCUUGGUUGCUGGUGUUGUCCCCUUGACCAAGGACAAGCGCUACGUCCUCCUCAUCCAGUCUACCCGCCGGAAGGGCUGGGUGCUCCCCAAGGGCGGCUGGGAGACGGAUGAAGAAUGCACCGAGGCGGCGGCACGUGAGGCCUGGGAAGAGGCUGGCAUCACCAUCCAGAUCGACUAUGACCUGGGAGACAUCGUCGAGACACGUGCGCCGAAGCACUCGAGCAAGGACUCGGCCAAAGCCUUGUAUCGCUUCUACGAGGCCACCGUCACCACGCAAGAGGAUGACUGGCCCGAGAGACACAAGAGGGAGCGGAAAUGGAUGACAUACGAACAAGCCACAGAUGCUCUAGCAGCUCGGCCUGAGCUCCUCGAGGCCUUGACUAGAUGCACCAUGAAGAAGUCAUGAUACGCGUCGGGUGCUUUGGCGCCUCGGCUCUCUCAUCCCACCUUCCCGCCCUUCAUUACGAAAGCGAAAAACGGGUGCAUCUUUGCCGCGCGCGGUAUCACGAAGAACACUCCCGGCCGCCAUCUGCGAGGCCGCACGUCUGCUGCUACGUUUCUUUCUUCACAAACCAUCGGCUCCUGACGAAAGCUUCAAUUGCCGGAUUUUCUUUUCUCUACGAAAGCGCUUUCUUAUCAAUCCAUCGUGGAAAACAAACAAACAAUUGCAUUAUGACUCGGGCGUUGUUGGCUGGCUUGCUAUAGAUGACGAAGAAAACAAAAAGGGGCCGCCCACGGCUGGGCAUGGCUUGGAUGCAUGGGAGGGUAAACUACACAUACGAAUUGGCGAAGCGGGAGGCAUGAUUGCGGCAGGUCGGCAUGGGCUCGCCUAUGACCGGAAUGAAUGCACUUCUUGGGACCUGCCGGUUUGAUUUGCGGGAACAACAAAUGAUUCUCGGACCUAUAGAUAGAUACACACACACACCACACACAUGACACACAAAGUAGGCUGCGGAGAGCAGCAGUAUCGUGACAGAAGCAACACAAAGCUAGAAAGAAGUAAGCAUGCUACAGCC